GUGCGCGGCGUACUGCCGACGACGGAGAUCCUCGUCCAGAGACGUGCUGGUGUGCGCGUCAUCGACGUGUUUGAGGCGAUAUACAACGAGUAUCAUCGUCCGCUUGAUGCAGCUGAGGUUGCGCAGGCCGGGGACGCAUAUCUUGAGACGUGCCGCCCGUGGUUCCUGCAGCGCUGUCGCGAGACGCCGGUGCUCAUGGAGCGCGAGCAUGGUCUCCGCCGCGUCGACCUGAUGCGUAGCCACAGGCUGUUCUAUGGGCUC